UUAAAGUCUAUACCCCUUAAUAAUUGGUAAUUUCUUCCUUAUUCCCAAACUAAAUGAGAAAAGGUGCAUUUGUGUUAAUAUUCAUAGUCUGGGCUUUCAUUACCAUCAUUACUCCUAUACUUGUUCAAUGGUCUUCUGUUCUUGCUCAUCCUCAUAAGGCAACCAUCAAACCCCUCAUCCAUGAUAACGCAAGUAAUGAAGGAUUGUUAAAACACAGAAAAAUGCUGGUACUAAUUGAUGAAAACUAUGGAAAUGUAACACCAUCAUCUCAAAGACAUAUGCCUACCGUUAUGAUUGUCAUCCCGCCUGCUCCAUCACCUCGACAAAACUGGAUGGGAUCUAAUUAGACCUAGAUUCUACUAAUAAUUUGUCUC